UUACAGUGCAGCGAAGGAACAACCCCGCUCUCAUCCCACGCACGAGUUGUAUCGGCUCUAUUUCUUUUUGACUCCUUGUUUUUUUCGGAUACGAGGCUGCAGAUUUUGGUUUAUAUUCUUGUGGUUGUGAUCUCUCCUCAACAUGAACCAAACCGCCAGUGUUUCGCAUCAGGUGAAAUGCCAGUCCACCAAGACGAUCAAGGAUCUUGGUGGAGUGAGUCCGCCUCAGAGGAACUGGAAGGGCAUCGCCAUCGCUCUGCUGGUCAUCCUGGUGGUCUGCUCCCUCAUCACCAUGUCUGUCAUCCUGCUCACUCCAGAUGACAAUCAGGCUGGAAGUGACACUAAGCUGACAGUGGAGGACCUGUUCAAACCAGAGUUCAAAGUUCACAACCCUGAGGCCAAAUGGAUCAAUGACUCUGAGGUGAUCUACAGGAACAGCGAUGGACACGUCAUCAAGUUCAACAUCCUCACCAACGAGACAGACGUCCUCCUCGCCAACACCACGUUUAUCAAUUUCAACGUGGCCAAGUACUCGCUCUCUCCUGACCUCAAAUACGUGCUGUUCGCCUACGACGUCAAGCAAGUUUAUCGUCACUCCUACAUGGCAUCGUACAGUAUCUACAACAUCCACACAAGGGAGGUUUGGGCCCUGGACCCUCCGGAGGUGGGGAACUCUGUGCUGCAGUACGCGGCCUGGGGAGUGCAAGGACAACAACUGAUGUACAUAUUCGAGAAUAAUAUUUACUACCAGUCUGACGUGAAGAGUAACUCGCUGAGGCUGACGUCUUCGGGCAAAGAGGGAGUCAUCUUCAACGGCAUCGCAGACUGGCUCUACGAAGAGGAGAUCUUGGAGACACACGUGGCUCACUGGUGGUCGCCUGAUGGAGAGAGACUGGCCUUCCUGGUUCUGAACGACAGUCUGGUCCCAAACAUGGUCCUACCUCGCUUCACCGGGACCACCUACCCCAGGGGCAAGCACUACCCCUACCCCAAGGCGGGGCAGCCAAACCCUGCAGUGAAGCUGUUUGUGGUGAAUCUGUAUGGACCCACCCACACUCUGGAGCUGAUGCCUCCAGAGACCCUCAAACUGCGAGAGCACUAUGUGACGAUGGUGAAGUGGAUCAGUAAGACAAAGACCGCAGUGCGAUGGCUGAACCGGCCCCAGAACAUCUCCAUCCUGACUGUGUGUGACACCACCACUGGGGCCUGUGUCACGAGACACGAGGAAAGCUCUGAACUUUGGCUGUCAAAACAGACGCAGGAGCCGGUUUUCUCUCAAGAUGGCAGCAGGUUCUUCCUCACUGUCCCGGUCAAACAGGGAGGACGAGGGGAGUUCCACCACAUCGCCAUGUUCACUACGCAGUUCAGAGCUGAUCAAAAUGAAGUGAGACAUCUGACAUCAGGAAACUGGGAGGUGACCAGGAUCGUGGCCUAUGACGAAAACUCAGAUAACCUUUACUUCCUGAGUACAGAAGGUUCUCCACGCAGACGGCAGCUCUACAGCGUAAAAACAGUGGGUCUGUUCCCGCGGCGAUGCCUGACCUGUGACCUGAACAAAGCGCACUGCCUGUACUUCGACGCAGACAUUAGCCCCUCCCACCAGCACAUCAUCCUGCACUGUAAAGGACCCGGAGCACCGACUGUGAUCCUGCAUAGCCUCAAUACAUCAAAUUACUACAUCCUAGAGAAUAACUCGGUGCUGAAGGCCGCGCUCAGAUACAAGAGGAUCCAGCUGUCUGAAUUCAGGACUGUCCCCAUUGAACACUUUGAUUUACCGCUGAAGAUCUUGUACCCGCCCGACUUCUCCGACUCAAGACAUUACGGGCUCCUGUUUAUCAUUGACAGCGCCCCCGGUGGUCAGGCGGUGAGUGAGCUCUUCUCUCUGGGCUGGGACUCCGUGCUGGUCAGCUCUGACAGUGUGAUCGUGGCUCGUCUGGACGCUCGGGGCAGUGGCUUCCAGGGACAGAGACUCCUUCAUGAGCUGCACCACAGGCUGGGCACAGUGGACCUGCACGACCACAUCACCGCUGUCGAGUACAUGCUGAAAUUUCCAUAUAUCGACCGCACGAGGAUAGCGCUGUUCGGGAAGGGUUACGGAGCUUACCUGACCUUGAUGCUGAUGAAGUCCACAGACGGUCUGUUCAAAUGUGCCUGUGCCAUGUCCCCGGUGACAGACUGGAAACUUUAUGCGUCCGCCUUCUCAGAGCGAUACCUGGGUUUACCUCUACGGGACGACAGCCGAUAUCAGUUUUCCAGUGUACUGCAGAACGCCCAGGCUUUCCGCGAUCAGGCGCUGAUGCUGGUGCACGGCACAGCAGAUGCCAACAUCCACUUCCAGCACACUGCCGAGCUGGUCAAAAACCUGGUCAAAGUCGGAGCCAACUAUUCCAUGCAGAUCUACCCAGACGAGGGCCACUUCCUGUCCGACCCGAGCCUGCUGCACCUGUACUCCACCCUGACCAGCUUCUACAGAGAUUGUCUCAAAGAGGAGCUGCUACCACCGUCCGACGAAGAGGAGGAGGAGGAAGAGUGAACCAAACCAACGAAAAACACAUUUUACAAACUCCAAAAAACGCCUUUGGACCAAGAGUUACACCAGACUCAAACCGUUUUGGAUUUCCAGAGCCGGACUAGAGCUCUCAAAGUGUGAGUGGUUGCUAUAGUGAGAAUGAAUGCGCACUUGUAAGUAUGUAAGGAUGAAUGUGGAGCUGUAAAAUAUAAGGACACUUGUUCAGACAGUGGCACUGAAGGAAGUUUGGAAGGACUAAGGGAGCUAGCUAGCUAAAAUACCUGAUUUGCGUCGCUCCAGUUGUGGAUAAAGCACAUUGAACGCAUCGCUCCGGACUGUCUCGUCAACUCUCAACCAAAUGCAUGGUUUUGUUUAUCACUUUUGUUAGCCAUGUUAGCAUCUGUAGACGUAGCACAAGGAGGUGGACGUGACUAUCACAAUAUCACUUUUGCAUAUUUAAAUUUGCUGUAGGUUAAUAAGG